UUCGGAUUCGGGUUGCGUUCUCAUUUUGGAUCUGAACUGAAGCACACUCCGUUAUGUACGAGGCAUCAUAAUAGCAUUGAAGCAACGGCGGCGGAAACCACCGUUCGACGCCGGAGACACGAUCUGUUUCUACCUCUGAUUUCUUCUCUUCAGUGUAGGUAUGGGAAUCAGUAAAACAGAAGUAAACUUGAGGAGGUUGCUUGCAGCUGCUCCUCAACAGCAAAAUCAAGCAAAACUUGUGCAUUAUGUUGCUACUUUGCGUGAACAAUUAGAACAAUUGGCUGAAGAAAGGACACUGGAAGGCUUACCCAGGAUUUCAAAGGCUAUGUUGAAUGAUUAUUCAGAGAAGAUUGAAGCCAUUGCUUCCAAAUUGGUUAAUCAUGUGAUUGACACACAAGUACCCGAGAAGGACUUCGAAAGGAAUUUUGUUAAAGAAAAACAUUCUGAAAUUGAGGAAAAAAAGCAGAUACUCCUUUCUUCUGGAUUGAGAAGAAGGCCUGUACCUGCCUCAAGUACAGAAGAUAGAGCGCAUGAGCCUGCUGAGACUGACCACACAUCACCUAUUAAACUGGAUGCUACAGCACAUGCACACAUUGAAAAGCACAGAAAGCUUCAAGAAGAUUUGACUGAUGAAAUGGUGGUUUUGGCAAAACAACUCAAAGAGAGUAGUCUCACGAUGAGCCAGUCCCUGCAAAAUACUGAAAAGAUACUUGAUUCUACAGAGAAGGCUAUUGAACAUAGCUUGGCAAGCACCGGUCGUGCCAAUGUGCGAGCAACGGCAAUCUACUCGGAGAGUUCUAAGACUUCUUGCUUAACAUGGCUUGUCAUGUUUGUCAUGACAUGCGUAUUUGUCAUGGUUAUUCUUCUAAUCCGUGUCACAUAGUGUAAAAGAAAUAACUCCCAACAUAACUUAUCACAAUUUUUUUUUUUGGUUUGUAGAAAUCGAAGACAGUAGUGUGAGGGAGUUUACAACAAUUUACACAUCUUUGCUCAAUUAACUGAGCUAGAUUCCUUGACACUUAUCACAUAAUCUAAAUUUUCCUUUCACAUGGAUAA